AUGCCAUUCAACUUCUCACUCGCCUCGACUGCAACCUCAGACGCAAGUGCCCGCACUCCCCAUGGAUCUUUCCCGUUUCUGACUGGCACGGAUGCGAAAUUCAUAAGUGAUAUCAUACAGCGAACCCCACGAAACACCCCAACAUUCAGUACCCUUUUAACCGGUUUCAAUGAACUCUUGGAUGAACAACAACUGGACCCUCAAUCACGCGAAAAGUAUUACUCUUUACUACUCAAGCUUAGUCUGGUGGCUGGUCAGGACUGGCACGAACGAUGGGCUCGGGUUUGCGCUAGUCAAGGCUUGGAGCCGAGGGAAAAUGAGACAACCCACAAUUUGCUGCAGCUUUCGCCCCCAUCAAACUCUCAGGACGGCCUUGACAGUAGCAUGGAAGAUGCUUCCCGUACCAUACGUGCCAACCCGCUACACACUCAUCCCGAUUCACCUCCCUUACAAUCGCCCACUUCUACGCGACUAACCCUGCCUCGCAUGACGUAUCGGCAGCAAACCCAAUCGACUCCAAACAAGCUAACGCGUUUCACUCCAUCGCGAGUCAAUUCAGCUUCUACAAUAUCAACAGCAGACUCGACCGAAGACACUGGCCUCGAUUUGGGCUCGCGCUUUGUGGAUCCCCUCGACGCACUCUCUGAUCGCGUUCGGCGCGAAGCCUUGCUCCAAUUAGGAUUUCAUACAUGGAAACACCUGUCCAACUAUUGGUUGAUGGCGAACAAGGAAGCAGAUCUUGGUAGGGGAAGAUUGGUCGUUGGAUAUGCUUGGCGCAAGUGGAGAUCGAGAUUUGGGAAACGUCAGCGAGAAAUCAGGAUGGUAGAUAGUGUCGCCAAAACAAGGUCCAAGUCCGCCAUCUUGAUCCGAUGGAGAGCCGCAACAACCGAAAAACAGAGAAUCAGACGCAAAAACUACGAAAACCAAGCUAUCAACCAAGUCCAGAACUUGAUGAACAGAAAUCUAUCGGUUCAGAUUUUCACCAAAUGGACACUUCUAACCAAGCUCUCGAUCACCCAAAAGCAUAGAGAUAGCAAUCUGAAGAGUCUAGUCCUUAACCAAUGGGCAGAUCAAUUCUCCAGGAUCUGUCGGAUGACUAAGCUGGCGGACAGGCAUCACGGAGACGUGAAUGUGAACAACUCACUUAGAAGGAUGGUCGCUCAUUGGAGAUGGAAAUCGGAUUUGGUACUCAAGGAAUUCCACAUCGUUCAAGUCUCUGACCAACAUCUUCAAAUCGAAGUUUUGGCUCAAUGGCGUCAGCUGGCGAUUUCAUUCCGAUUGGCCCAUGAUUUCUGGGUAAGAACCGCUCAAAGAAGAUGGAUCCGAGUGUGGGCCUAUCGUAGAUACCGAUUAAAGGAAAGGGGACGACUCCUGGGAAGAAUCCUAUUGACUAGAUUCCUCAAAAACGCCUUCGGUUCCUGGCUGACUAGGUUCAACAGGAUUCGACAUUACUUAGAUGCCAAGCGACAAGUGUUUCAGAAGAAGCUGGCGAAACGUCUCCAAGUGAAGAUCUUGAAGGCAUGGAGAGAGAGAUACUUGCAAAAAUCAAUCCAGUUGACCGGCCAUGCGGUUGACAGAUAUCGGAUCAGUCUAGUUGCUCGACAUCUGAACCGAUGGAUGAUCGUCUAUUCGAGAAUUCAAGACCUGAAUAAGAGAACGUACUCGGAAUGGAGAAUGGAUCGUUUGAAACGGGUUUGGGCUCUCUGGUCAGCACGUCUCCAACGGGCUAGGAUGCACAGACUUGUCCGGAUCAGGAAACGCAAGAUGUUGAAGAACCGAUUUCAUGAUUGGGUGGUCCUCACGCGUCAGAGGAAAGAAGAUCAGAGGUUGUGUAUGAUCUUCGAAAACAGAGUCGACCCGAUUCGAAAGCUUUGUGUCAUCAGGAUUUGGGUCAAACGAGUUAUCGAUCUCAAAGAACGUACUUUACAAGUCGACCGGAAUUAUGCAAAUCGUGUUCGAAGUAUUUACAUCGACGUUUGGGUCACUCGUAUUUUGGAUAUCCGUCGCUUGAAUGAAUUAGCAAAUGGAUUUGCAGAGAUCCAAAAAAUCGAAUUACGUAGCCGACUAUUAGAUUUUUGGAGGAACACGGUGUCUGAUUCUCGCAGACGAUCAGCAAUACUGGCAGGAUGGUGCGAGUCUCGAGAUAAAAAGACCAUCAGAUCGACGUGGAUCCAUUGGUCAGAUAAAAAUAUUCAACAGAGCUUGAAGUUCCAUGAAGACCAAACUCGAGAAAUGAUUGAUGAUCGAUUGAGGGAGCAAUCCCUCCAAAUCUGGCUGACGAAAACCCAGACAUUACCAGCCUUACGAUUCAAUCGCCAAAGAUUGAAAAUUCGAUGUCUCAGUCAUUGGUCCCAGCUUACUGAAGUUCGACACCUUCGCCGAAUAGCCGUCUCACGCGACCGGAAGGUUGUACUUUGUGAGGCGUUUAAGGUGUGGUGGGGGAAGUGUGCUGCGAUCAAGGCGUCGCGUAUUGUCAGUCGGUUUAGUCGCCCAUCGGCCUUCUCGGGUGGAAACAGACAACGCACCCGAAGCAGUCACCAACUGCCAGAGUUAUCGCGCCAGAACCUGGUCGAGUUACUUUCGAAUCCUUCUUCUCGGCCGGUCAGCUCCCCUGGCCGUCGAUUGAUGGACCUCCCAGUGCCGCCACGCAGACGCGUGAGAGAUGUCCCGCAGAUGUAUGAUUCGACGACCAGCGGUGAGGAAAGCGGCGCACCACACACUCCGCAGAUAUUCCCGCGGAGACCAGAUGGAGAACCACUGCGAAAUGGAGGCCGUCGGGUAGACACAAUGGCAACAGAGAAUAGAUAUCAUCAUGAAGAAACAGACGACACGGAGGAACAAGACACGGAGGAGCAGGAGCAGGAAUGGCAGGAGGCGGUAGAGGAGGAGCUAGAGUCGCAAGAAGAAUUCGAGGAAGAUCAGACAAUCCUCGGGGACGCUAGUGAGAUGGUCGUCGGGGAAGAACCAAGCACGACAGAAACGGAGGCAUUGACUGAGGCAGAGAUUGACAGGAUGAUCCGAAGGCGACUCGGCCCCCGCAGAUUCGGCCCCGGGUCAGCAACUACCACGCGGACACCGAUCACUCAAGCCCUUGAAUCAGACUCGAAUGCCGAGUCCGUAGACUCUCGGCUCCCGAUCGGUUCAUCCAGGAUCACUCACUCCCGCCAGCUACUCAAUCCGCCCUCUUCGGCCCCUUCUCGCGCUAGACAGAAUCAGGUCUUGAUCGGAUUGAGGAAUCUCGAUCUCCGAAGAAGACAGUGAUACAUUCAAUGGAACAUCUGGCUUGCAAUAAACUUGCUCAUGUAAUCAAUUCUUUUUUUGGUACAUCAAUUCGGGGUUUAUCCCAUAUCUUGCUUGCUACCUUGCUUUCAAAAUAAUUUGUUGUACUAUGUUUGAUGUUUUAUUUCUUGAAAUUAUAAUUGGUCAUAACAUACGGACAACUUGAUCUUCCUCCAGAAUCAUG